UUCCGUCCGAGGUGGCACAAUCACAAGAUAACCUCUGUAACUCAAACAGGAACAGCGCAAAAAGUUGAAGAGAAGAGAAGAAGAUGAGGGGUGGUUCCAUUUCCACUCACUUCCUCGUUUUCUCAUACUCUUCUCCUCCUUCUCUUUCCACUCUUAUCCCAUCCAAAUUUAUCACCAAACCCAUCAAUGAAUCUGCUCCCUUUACCCUUAUCUGCAACCAAUUCCCUUGCAAACUUACUGCUUCGUGGCCUUCCCAAUCCUCAGCUCCUCAUGGUUACUCUUUCUCUGUAAAAAAGAUGAAAGCCUCGAGAAUUCAGCAAACAGGAUCCACUCUAUAUGGAGACAACCUUGAUGCAAGGAAGAGCAGGAUUGUGCUUCAGGUGUUUCAAAGGGAAAUGCCAAUGGAUUCCAUCAAUAAUACCCUUAUCACAAAACAAUCUGAGAUGAAUGACUUUACAGCCGAGGAUCUUGAAGAUGAGGGAAGGUCAUCCAAAUGGGUUUCAGCAUUCUUGUUAGGACAAACUAUAUCAAUGAUUACUCCUGAUGUUUCAUACGCAAGCAACUCAGUGAAGAUAAAUGAGAUAUAUGAGAUUGGAGAGUUGUUUGAUUUUGGGAUCCAACUAUUAUAUGUGCUAUUGUUAUUGGGUUUGCUGGGUGUUGGGACUUACUUUGUGAUUCGCCAAGUUCUUGUCCGCAGAGAACUUGACCUUUCUGCCAAAGAGUUGCAAGAGCAAGUAAGAAGUGGUGAUGCAAGUGCAACCGAGCUUUUUGAACUUGGUGCAGUGAUGUUAAGGAGGAAAUUUUACCCAGCUGCUACCAAAUUCUUGCUUCAAGCAAUUGAGAAAUGGGACGGAGAUAAUCAGGAUCUUGCCCAGGUUUACAAUGCUCUUGGUGUCAGCUAUAUCCGUGAUGGGAAGAUUGACAAAGGAAUUGCUCAGUUUGAGACAGCUGUAAAGCUUCAACCAGGAUAUGUCACAGCAUGGAACAAUCUUGGUGAUGCCUAUGAGAAUAAAAAAGAAUUGAACCUUGCUCUGAAAGCAUUUGAAGAAGUUCUACUAUUUGAUCCUAACAACAAGAUGGCUAGGCCUAGAAGAGAUGCUUUGAAGGAUCGUGUUCAAAUGUACAAAGGGGUUCCUAUCAAAUCAAAAGAGAAAUGAAUACCAUUGCAUCAAAUAACACUAUGAAUAUGGCACACUUAAAUACACAGUUUUUAAUGAGUCACUUGGUUGUGUUCGAAGAAAUUUUGGUUGGUUUGAUGUAGUUGAGGUAGACCAUUGCUGGGAAUGGUUGAAAUGAGGGUCAGUGGUCAAUUCUCAAAUGGAUUAGAAAAGACUCUACUUUGGUGCUGAUGGGGUAUUCACGUGUGAAAAUUCUCUUUUCCUUUUUUUUUUCUUUUUCUUUUAUAAAUGGUCAUUAUCAUGCAUUGUUAAAGUGAUCCUCUCAUUUCGUCAUUGCUUAAAUCA